CCUGUUGUUGGUGAUGUCAUCAGUCAGAGAGGGAAGGAAGUGAAGGAGAGGAGAGGUGUGGAGCGGAGAGAGAGAGAGAGAGAGCGAGAGAGAGAAAGAAAGAGAGAGAGAGAGAGACUGCGCGCGGUGAGCGGAUUCACUAAAGAACAGGCAUCAGGAUGGACUCUUACAGCCCAUUGGCCUUGGGCAUACUAGCUGGGGUUGGUUGUGGACUCUGCCUUGGAUGGUACCUUCGAGGCCGGAUCAGCAGACCCGCUCGUGACCUGAUGGCAGCUUGUGGAAAUGCCAGUGAAAACUGCAUCAUGGGUGAAAAUGGAGAAUUCAAAAUGAUCUUAGUCGUCCGAACUGACCUAAAAAUGGGCAAAGGCAAAGUGGCUGCUCAGUGCUCUCACGCUGCAGUGUCCGCAUACAAGCAGGUCCAGCGCCGAAACCCUGACCUUCUGAAGCAGUGGGAAUACUGUGGUCAGCCCAAAGUAGUCGUCAAGGCUCCGGAUGAAGAGUGCCUUUUAGAACUAUUGACCCACGCUAAAGAGGUUGGGCUGCCCGUCAGCCUUAUUCAAGAUGCUGGAAGGACCCAAAUUGCUCCAGGUUCAAGGACAGUUCUUGGCGUUGGACCAGGACCUGCAGAUCUUGUGGACAAAGUAACAGGACACUUGAAACUAUUCUAGACACCUAAUUGAUAAGAGAUGUGAUAUGCAAGAUUGUUCUAGUUCAAGUUCUAUUGUGUUUUUAGAUCAAAUGCAAUAUAUAUUAAAACGGCAUUGUAACACAAGA